AUGAACCAUGUACAACGGCGACUGGUCUCGACAGCAGCCAGGCUCACCUCCGUCUCCCCCGCCAGUGUCGCCAACUUCCCCCCAAAAGAGUCCUACAAGCCCGCCAAGGACGCCUUCGUGAAGGACGAAUUCAACCCCGAGAACUGGGCAGCCCUCCAACCCGCGCCUUCUACAGCCCUCCAUGCAUUUGCGUACCGGAUAGGUCUUCAGUCGGUACUCAUGGACUCAGACCUCAUCCGCCAGGCAUGCACGCACGAGUCCUACCUCACCCUCUUCCGCCAGCACUACCCUACAAAACCCGAGCCCGAGACCAAUGCCCAACUUGCGUCGGUGGGGAACUCGUUAAUGGGUCUCUUUGCGUCCGAGUAUAUCCACACCAAGUAUCCGUACCUCCCAACACGCGUCAUGAAAGCAGCUGUGACUGCUCACGUCGGUCCUCCGACCUGCGAAAGCGUCGCACGCGAGAUGGGUGCCGCGCCGCUACUACGUUGGCAUCGAACACCUACAUCCGAAGACGGUCGCAAUAUUUUACACGCGGACGCUAUGGCUUCGAUACCACGGUCACUAACAGCGCUUAUUUACCAAGAACGAUCUAUGGACGUGGCAAGAAAGUUUGUUCACUCGUAUUUCUUGAGUCGGAAAGUCGAUCUACGAGCAAUGCUCAAAUUCACAAACCCGAAGAAGGCGUUAAUGGAGUUGGUCCAAAAAUAUAACCGUGAAUCCCCAAAAUCUCGACUGCUGAAAGAAACUGGACGAUUUUCGAAUUCUCCUGUGUUCGUAGUUGGUAUCUAUUCUGGUGCAGACAAACUAGGCGAAGGAUUUGGUGCCUCGCUGAAGAUGGCUGAGUUCAGGGCUGCAGAAGAUGCGCUUCACCGGGUGUUCUUGACGCGAACACCGGAAGAUAUGAUCCAACUGCCUUCAUCGACGUUCUCAACUUGGUUGAAGAUCUUCGACCAACAGGGAGACAGCACCGACUACACUCCACCCAAGCUCGCUCCAUCUGAGAUUAUUUAUGCUAGCUCAGGGAGGGGCGGUAUUCCGGAGACGAGACGGUAG